ACCCUGAACCGUGUGAGCGGACGUUUCGCCUCCCAGCGGAGACUCCCGGUGUUCGUGAGACGGUGACCAGGCCUCGCGGGCUCCUCGCCAUGAGUUACGGAAGGCCUCCCCCGGACGUCGACGGCAUGACUUCGCUCAAAGUGGACAACCUGACGUACCGGACCUCCCCAGAAACCCUCCGGCGGGUGUUCGAGAAGUACGGCCGGGUCGGCGACGUCUACAUCCCGCGCGAUCGCUACACGAAGGAGAGCCGCGGCUUCGCCUUCGUGCGUUUUCACGACAAGCGCGACGCCGAGGACGCGAUGGACGCCAUGGAUGGCGCGCUCCUGGACGGACGGGAGCUCCGGGUUCAGAUGGCCCGGUACGGAAGACCCCCCGACUCCCACAACGGAGGCGGCGGCGGCGGUGGCGGCGGCGGAGGAGGAGGUGGCGGACGGCGAGGAGGAGCGCCCCGGAGGCACGGAGGAGGUUAUGGCCGCCGAAGCAGGAGCUCUUCCCGCAGCCCGAGACAAAGAAGACGCAGCAGAUCCCGCAGCAGGAGCCGCUCUCGUUCCCGCAGCCGAUCCCGCUCCAGCAGAUCCCGCUCCUACUCCAGAUCCAAGUCCCACUCUCCCAGGAACAAGGACACCAAGGCCAAGUCCCAUUCUCGCUCCAGAUCAAAAUCCAAGUCCAAGUCCAAGUCUAGGUCCAGAAGCCACACCCCUGCCUCCAAAAGAGGGUCCAGGUCCAGGUCUAAAAGCCAGCCCAAGUCCGCAGCAGAAAACGGAGGUGAAACCCCGUAGAGAUCUGCACAUCAGCAGCAGUUUCAGGUGAUGACGUCAGAACUUCUUAGACAGGAUCCCACACGAGCGACGUGUCCAGCUGUUAAAGGUUAUUACUGUGUUACCUGUUGCUUUGUUCUUUCACUUAUUUGGCCUCAGUACAGCUUUUUUUUUUUUUUUUUCAUGUCAUCUAUGUGCUGUGAUUUUUAUUUUACUUUUCAUAACAUUUUUAUCAUUUAUAAAAAGGGUGGAAGUCGUGUUUAGACACGACUUCAGAUGGGUUCACUCUGCAGCCUGUAUCACAGAGUGUGUUCCGCAGAGUCUCGCUUGCUUUUGAGUUUCUUCUUUGCAAACAUUCAUAUUGUAGAAAUGUUGACCUGGGGCGGGGGGGGGCUGCUGUUUUAUACUAGCUUCUCUGUAAUCUCACUCUCUGAUACAGGCGUCAAAAUAAUGAGACAUAAACAUCAGGCCCUCACUAAGAACGCCAAAAUGCAUUUUUCAAUAUGGAAUAAAAAAGACAUCCAAAGUGACCCAAAGCAUAAAAAAUGUGAAGAAAAUCUUUUUAGUUUUCCCUUGAUUCAGCCCUCACACACCAGUAUACUCGUUAAAUUGAAGUAAUUCCUCAUUAACAACAAUGAAUGCUUCCUUCCUUUGGUUGCUGCUGCUCAGGGUGUUGUCUGUGUAGUCAGGACAGUCGUUUAUUCUAACUCAAGUUAAAUAUAAUCACAUGUGAAGUCCAGUAAAUUGAGUGAAACUUAAAGUGUGGGUAAAGGUCAUCAAUGUGUAGAAUGUGUCAUGUCCAAUUUUAAGGUAUCACUCGUCUCCUCGAGUCAUUUUAUUUUAAAGGAUAUCAUUCUCUGCACUCUUAGACUCUGUGUUUUGUUCUUCAUGUUUUCUUUUUUUAAUUUCUGAUCCUAAUCCUGCCUGUAUGUGUUUUUGUGCACUAGGCGCAGUUGUGUAGCAGUUGAGUAUUGCUGGUUAGCUGUUAAGGUGGCGUGUUGCUCUGCUGAGUGCUUGGAUGUAUCCAGUAUUCUCCAGAAAGCUCCUGUGACUACCAGUGGUACGGUCGCUGCAGUCUCAUGCUCUGUACCAUCAAAAGUUUAUUUCCCAUGUGAUCGAAAAAUGAGACCUUCAAUAAAGAGUUAUUUGGUA